CCGCGCCCGGAGGCAGCAGGCCCGCCACACCGAGUACAUGCACCGCGCCAGCUCCCUGACCUCGGUCGUCCUGCGCCACGAGACGCCGGACCGCCAGCAGGAGGUGUACGGCUCCAUCAUCCAGAAGACGCAGUUCCGCCCGCUGUACCCGGGGCUGACCCAGCAGGGGGCGCCCGCCGCGCCGCCCGCGCCCAUCCCCUGGCCCUCCGCCCUCGACAGGGGCCGUCCAGGCCAGAGGAGCUCCCUCGCCCACCCGCAGCCCUCCGCGAUGCCCUUGCUGUACGACCCCGUCCCGAAGCCGCGGCGGUGGUCGCUCGCCCUCGCCGAGCUGCCGCAGUACCGCCAGGCGCCUCCGCCCGGCCGAGAGCAGCGGGGGCGCAGCCGUGGCCGCAGACAGACGGCCGAGCGCGAGCUGGCCAAGGCGGCCGUCAAGAACUGGGUGAUUGAGCGGCUGUCGUACUGCCCGCCCGACGUGCAGUCGAUGUACGUCAACCAGCGGUGGACGUACCGCCUGUUCCCCUCGGCCCAUCCCACCAUCCAGGAGGAGAUCGAGGACGAGGUGUUCGAGCCGAACCCGACCUACCGGACCGUCCAGUUCAAGACCAAAAGUUCGAGUGAUUCAGACCACUCAGUGGGCGGGCUAAGAACGGCCUCUUUGGACCGUUUGGGCCGCAGGUCGAACGCCCACCCGGCCGCCCACGCCCAUGCUCACGCCCACACCCCUCAUUACACUCUCCCCAGGCGCCCGCCCGCGACCCAGAGGUACCAACAGCAACCCAAGGGAAAGGGCUACGGCUACUCUCCUCCGUCAGCGGUGUUCGACGAUGACCCUGGCAUCAUGUCCGAGGCAGAGACGUCCUCCACGGGGUUCCGGAGGGGCGGGAAGCAGCGGGCGUCGCUGCCGGUGUCGCGGACGCCGUCCUCCAAGACGCUGACUCGCGUUUCGAAAUGGACGACAACAGCUACUGGGACGAGGACCCGGGGAUCAUGAGCGAGGCGGAGACGUCCUCGACCGGCAGAGGGAGGAACCUGAAGCCCCGCACCUCCCUGCCCAUCGUCAGGACGCCCUCCAAGACGCUGGAACGGCCCCUGGGCCUGGUGUUCCUCCAGUACCGCGGGGAGACGAAGCGAGCUCUCCUGCCCAACGAGAUCACCUCCCUGGACACCGUGAAGGCCCUGUUCGUUCGCUCCUUCCCCAUCCAGCUGACAAUGCAGUACCUGGACCUGCCCUCCGUCAAGAUCUACAUCCACGACUCCAACAAGGACAUGUUCUACGACCUGGAGGAUCUGAGGUGAG